AACAGGCAAGGGUCAAAACUAACAGGAGGACUAGCAAAAGAGUGAAUAUCAAAAACAGGAGCACGGGAAAACAUGCUGGUUGACUUGAAACAGACAAGACCAACUGGCACAGAGAGACAGGAAACACGGGGAUAAAUACACUGGGGAAAAUAAGUGACACUUUGAGGGGGUGGAGACAAUCACAAGGACAGGUGAAACAGAUCAGGGCGUGACAAUAUCAGACUUUCACAACAAGGUCCAAAUUCAGAUGUUAUCUGUGUACAGCAGCGAAGUUCCUCCUCUGUUAUAGACCAGUUACAACAACCUGACCGACUGAGGAGAGGCCAUCUUCAGGCAAAGCUUUGUUACUAAGUUUCUCAAAGUGUUGUCAUGACGUUGCCCUCUUUGAGUACAGCGAGCACCAUCCCCCGCUCUCUGCUUCUACAACCAGAAGGAAGACCCUGCCUCCUGGACACACAGUAUUAGAGAGAGGGUAAACUUUCACAGAGGACAAAGGAAAUCCUUCCACCUCACAGAACUUGAGAGGGAGUCUAUGAAAUCCCAGAUGGAUUUGAAGAAGACGAGCCUGAUACAAUGAAGAACACAGACAUUGAUGGAAAAUUAUAUGCCAACGUAAGAGCCUUCAAGCCCAGUCCAAGACAUGGAGUUGUUGCUUCAGUACAUGUUCAGUGGUGGAAGAGACCCUCUGGAGUUGCUGCAGUGUGUCUGGGGCUGCUGUGUGUUCUCCUACUGGCUGGGAUCAUAGGCCUGUCUGUCUACUAUGGAGUCAUUGAUAAUCACAACUCAACACAGAGAGACCAGCUACAGACCAGUUACAACACCCUGACUAAAGAGAGAGACCAGCUACAGGACAGCAACAGCCUUCUGACUAAAGAGAGAGACCAGCUACAGACCAGUUACAACACCCUGACUAAAGAGAGAGACCAGCUACAGACCAGUUACAACACCCUGACUAAAGAGAGAGAACAGCUACAGACCAGUUACAACACCCUGACUAAAGAGAGAGACCAGCUACAUUCUGACAGACUUUUUCUUAGCGGGAGGCUUACCAAUCUCAAACAAACCUGUCCUGAAGGCUGGCAGAAGUUUGAAUCCAGUUGGUACUUCCUGUCUACUGAGACUAAAACCUGGAAUGAGAGCAGAAAGGACUGUCUGGAGAGAGGAGCAGACCUGGUGAUCAUAAACAGUGAUAAGGAACAGGAGUUUCUCUUCAACCUCAACAAGGGAGUCUGGAUUGGUCUGACUGACUCUGUUACUGAGGGGAACUUGAUAUGGGUGGACGGCACCCCACUGACGACCCCAAGGUACUGGCCUCCACAUCAGCCUGAUAAUGGUGAUGGCAAACCAGAAUAUGGUGAGGAGGACUGUGUUCACAUACGUGAAGAACAGAGUCCUCGAACGUCAUGGAAUGACUUGUCAUGUGACAGCAAACUCAACUGGGUUUGUGAGAAAGUGCUUUAACAUCACCAUGACAACAUUCUGUAACACAUACAGUAGCCUACAGUGCACACAACUUCCUCCUUCAUUCUCUCGCUCUCUCUCUCUCACGCACACACCCUAAUUCACACACACGCACAAACACUUGCAUGCAUGCACGUACACAAACACACACACCUAUUGUUGUAUUUGUUUGAAGUAUCAUAUUAAUAAAAGUCCUACUUAUUUCCUGUUUGUAACUUCCUGUGUACCAGUAGU